CAAAAUACGAAAGUCAAGGAGACAACUUCAAAGAAUUUCGCUUUAAGCAUAUAUGGGGAGCAACCGCGACAACAAUUAUUACGAUUUCAUGGGGGAGAAGAAAGCAUCAUCGAGUAGCUCAGAUUCAAAGAAAUGGUCAUUCAAAAAAAGGGUUGUGAAAUCAGAUGUGGAUCAUUAUGAACAAAAACAACUCCAUCUGAAGAAGAAUCAUGUUGAAGAAAACAUUCUUCCACAUCUGAACGAUGAAGAGAAGGAAAUCUUGAGAAAAGGUGAAAAGGGUAUAGAGAUUCAAGUAGCUGAUGCGGGAACUGGGGAUCGUUACACCAUGAAGCUGUUAGAUGCAGGAAGUUUUUAUUUGCUCAAGGGAACCAAACAAUUGCUUUCUAACAAGAACAUUGAUCUCCAAGUAGGCCAAGAAAUUGAGUUUACCUGGCGCGAUGCUGCUCUUUAUCUCUCUCUUUAAACAUUAACCCUUAGAUUAUCAGUGGAGUAAAGAAAAAAAAUAGCUAGCAUUAAUUAAUUAAAUAUAAAAAUGGCUUUAGCUGGCUAUAUCAUGGGUAACGUCAUGAUGAAAAUGGCAUGGGGAAUAAAGAUUUUACUGUAUU